UGGGCCGGGAGUCCCCCCUUAUUUCACCUCUCUUCUUCCAUUGGUGCCUGGGUGGAGCCGCCCCCACUGCGGGGCCCCGGGCGGGAGGGAGUAGAGGCCGGGGCAGAGGGCGAGGGCGCUGGCGGCGGCGGCCGCGGAAGAUGAGCAGCAGCUGCUCAGGGCUGAGCAAGGUCCUGGUGGCUGUGGCUACAGCCCUGGUGUCUGCUUCCUCCCUCUGCCCCCAGGCCUGGGGACCCCCAGGGGUCCAGUAUGGGCAGCCUGGCAGAUCCGUGAUGCUGUGUUGCCCUGGAGUGAGUGCUGGGACCCCAGUGUCCUGGUUUCGGGACGGAGACUCCAAGCUGUUCCAGGGACCCGAUUCUGGCCUGGGGCACCAACUGGUCCUGGCGCAGGCAGACAGCACUGAUGAGGGCACCUAUAUCUGCCAGACCCUGGAUGGUGCACUUGCAGGCACAGUGAUCCUGAAGCUGGGCUACCCCCCAGCCCGUCCUGUGGUCUCCUGCCAAGCAGCUGACUAUGAAAAUUUCUCCUGCACUUGGAGUCCCAGCCAGGUCAGCGGUUUACCCACCCGCUACCUCACCUCCUACAGGAAGAAGACAGUGCCAGGAACAGAUGGCCAGAGGGUGAGUCCAUCUACAGGGCCCUGGCCAUGCCCACAGGAUCCCUUAGGAGCUGCUCGAUGUGUGGUCCAUGGGGCAGAGUUUUGGAGCCAGUACCGAAUUAAUGUGACUGAGGUGAACCCACUGGGUGCCAGCACACGCUUGCUGGAUGUGAGCUUGCAGAAUAUCUUGCGCCCUGACCCACCCCAGGGGUUGCGAGUGGAGUCAGUACCUGGUUACCCGCGACGUCUGCGUGCCAGCUGGACAUACCCCACCUCCUGGCCCCGCCAGCCCCACUUCCUGCUCAAGUUCCGGUUGCAGUACCGUCCAGCACAGCAUCCAGCCUGGUCCACGGUGGAGCCAGCUGGCUUGGAAGAGGUGAUCACUGAUGCUGUGGCUGGGCUGCCUCAUGCGGUCCGAGUCAGUGCCCGGGAUUUUUUGGAUGCCGGUACCUGGAGUGCCUGGAGCCCUGAGGUCUGGGGGACUCCCAGUACUGGGCCCCUGCCAAAAGAAGUACCUGAUGAGAGCCAGCCACAAGUGCAGGUGGAGACAAUAGCUCAUGUGGACAGCCCUGCUCUUCCAAGGCCCUCUCUACAGCCAGACCCACGGCCGCUUGACAUUCAAUCAACAGCUAUGUACUGAGUGUUUACUUCAUGCAGGCACUGUGCUGAACAUGAAGAUAUAGUGUGAAAGAAUACAGGCAGUCUGCACCUUCGAAGAGCCAUCAUCUGGGGUAGAGCUGGAACAGUCAAAAGAAGACAAUUAGAUCAUUACAAUAAAUGGAACAGGCUGGCUAGGGAAGAUAGAGGAUGCUGCACCAGAGUCAAGAAGGGCAUUAACCCAUUGUAGCAGUUUGGAAAUAGCUUCAGAUCUCUGACAUGCCAGCCAAGGCCCACUACUCACCUACAGUUUGUCUUGGAGGAGCAAAAAAAGAGUCUUAUGGCUGGACUGGUUGUAUAGGAGAGAAUGACCCAAAAUGAGCAAGAGGAAAGUUUCCUCAGCUGAAAUGGAAGGAAUGGAUACACUACCCUUUCACUCAUUUGACACCUUUAUUCUCUCUCAUAUCCAUCUUCCCGAGCCUGCACUACAUACAAACAACAGAUAGGUUCAACAGUGAAUGCCAGGUGGCUUUAUUGGAAGCACUGCAGUUUGGACAUGAAGAGGCUGUGAUCUUGCCACACUCAUACUCUUGUUCAUACAUUGGUACUUCUGCUCUGGUUGAGUCAGGUCUGGUGCAGAGCAGCCUGGUCUUUUCUUCUGGUCCUUGGUUCUCCAGGCCAAGGAGAUUCCCUUCACUUAGGCAAGGGCUUCCUCUGGUGUUGUCAUUGUUUAACAUGGGGCUUGCUCUUGGGAAGGAAGGAGAGGCAAAGUCCUGGGUUGGGUCCAAUCUUCAAUAGGGCUUUGGAAGCUGGAAGCAGGGUUGAGGGUUUUGUCUUGGCAAAGGACUACUUCUUCAGUUUCUGGAUAAUGUGGCACACCCCAGGCUGAUCUGGGGUGCCCAAAGCUAAUGGACCCUCAUUAUGGUGAACCUGGAGUCAGAGGUCAGAGAGAAUGGAGCCCUGGGACCCAGCUUCCUAGAAAGCUUUUUUGUGAGGGGCAAAGACUGGUAUUUAUCACUGGUUUUUGAGGAGAUUAAAACUCUGGAAUUUCUCAAGUACAAAUGGUCCCUGACUCAUGAUGAUUUGACUUAGGAAUUUUUGACUUUAUAAUGGUGCAAAAGCUGCAUGCAUUCAAUAUUUCAAAUUUUGAAGAUUGAUUUUUUUCCUAUCCCAGUGAUAUGUGGUACAAUACUCCUUGAGAUAGUGGGCAAUGUCAGUGAGUCCCAGCUCCCAGUCAUAUGAUCAUGAAGAUACAUAACUGAUGCUCUCAGUGUACUGUAUUGAUAAACUAUGAUGCUUAGACUUAGGAUAUUUUCAACUUAUGAUAGGUUUUUAGGGUCAUAAUCCCCGUGGAAGUUUAGGAGUAUAUGUAAUUGAGUGUCUUUGGUAUUUGUGAGCCCUUUAGGUAACUUUAUGCUGAAAGAUGAGAUGACUCAGGAUGGGAGCUUGUCACCAUAAAGACCAAUUGUGGUUAGAGGGUUGGCACUUUUAAGUCAGCCAGACUUUGGAAAGGAGAGAGAGGCUGGAGAUUGAUUUUGGUAUGUGGCCAAAAAUUCAACCAAGGCUAUGUAAUGGUAUCUCAAUAAAAAUUGGACACCAAA